AUGUCUUCGCACGCGAACCAGUACAUCCGUCAAGUCCUUCACUCGACCGAAGCACCCAGCCCAGUCCCCGUGCGCUACUUCUACACGUCCCCGCUCGCCAUCGACGACCCGCUCUCGCCUGUCCCUCCACCCGCAACAGGCGCGGCGGCGGCGGCAAAGAAGCAGAAGCAGCUCCCCCGUCCUUUCUCCACCUACGACAACGAUGCCGUCAACCGGUCCUGGCUGGCGCUCAGGAAGAAGAUACUGCAGCACAACGAGGAGCCGGGCGAGAAGAAGGAGGUGCAGGAACCAGGCACACCCACCAACCCGGCCGUGGCUCGGUGGAAGCGGAGAAGAGCCGACAGCUUGCCCAGAGGCGGAGGCAGCCCCAGGGGCAGAGACAUACCGUUGGGACGAUCGAGCAGCAGCGGACACUACUCCCGCUCUGCUGACCUGUUUGCCCGCGGCCGAGCUGGCUCGAGUGGUGGCAGCCAAGCGGCAACGAUGGUACAGUCGAUGAAGGCUCUUGAUCCGAGCCAAGCAUCGCCCACCGCGGGCUCCACCACCACAGGAACGCCUUUCAUCCGGGCACCCUCCCGCAGCGCUGCUGCUGCCCCGUGGAAACCCGGCCCGGGAGAAGGCGGCAGUCGGCCGACGAUACACGAGGUGGACAGCUACCGGUGGGACCACGACAUGGAGCCAGCUCUGUCGACCGCCAAAGACAAAGGUCCGGCGAGGAGGCCUUCCCAGCCUCAGCCCGGACCCUCUGCCAAGGUACCCGUCGGCGUCUCGAGGCUGCACCAUGUCGCCAUGGACGCUGACUCGAUACGCAUGGAGCCCAUCUACUGGUCACCUCUCAGCGACAUCUCUCGAAUCAUUCGCGGCACCUGGUUCUACAAGGACUCGAUGAUGCCCGUGGAGGUCGAGGUCGCGAACAUGCUCGAAGCCGGCUACGUCGAUCUGCAACCUUGGACGCAGACAUGGAAGGACGAGCUGAGCAGUGCGGUUGAAGUCGGAGCGCUCGGCGAGAUGAAGGUCCUUCACAAGCUGUGGCCUGACAAGCCCCUAGCUCCAGGCAGCAGGCCCUCGGCAUCGCAGCAGAUGCAAACCACCGGCUUGGUCCAGAGCACUCUACCGGACGAACAGGAUACUCCAGAGCAGGAGCGGCUGGACAUUGUUGAAAAUGCGUGCGACCGAAUUGACAUCUCAACGGGCCCAGAAGGGCCCGACAACAAAGCAGCCGGCGAUCUCGAGUACGGCGCUGCUGGAUACAAGCAGCUCUAUCUCAAGGCUGGUGUCAUCUAUGCCAACGACACGGAAGCCUACAUCUUGAAGCCGACGCUGCAGCCGUCUGAUUACUACGGUAGGCGACCACUGGCGAACUACAUCCGGAAAGGUAGGUCCAUCGGCGUGUGCGUGGUGAGAGGCUUCGACCAAGCAAUCUGGGAUAAGCUGCACCCAAGCAAAAUGGACUCGACCUCCCAAAAGGCGUACCAGGGCGCGUCGACUGCGCAGGCCGGAGCACCAGCCUACCGAAGGCUGAAGUCGGACCCUGAGCUUGCCGUGUCUGAACGUCCACGAGUGACAGACCUGGUGCUGGUCAUCCAUGGCAUUGGGCAAAAGUUGUCCGAACGUAUGGAAACCUUUCACUUCACACAUGCAAUGAACUCUUUCAGACGCGAAGUGAAUGUCGAGCUCGGGACCCCAGAUGUCAAACGCCAUUUACGAAGAGACAUGGGUGGCGUCAUGGUGUUGCCAGUCAACUGGCGGCAACGUGUAUCCCUAGAGACGGGCGCUGACACCACGGAGGCCGAGGAUCCUGCAGCCAACAAGUACACUCUGAAGGACAUCACUCCAGUCACCCUGCCUUCCAUUCGUGGCAUAAUCAGCGACGUCAUGCUCGACGUCCCGUACUACCUUUCGCCACAGCACAACCCGACCAUGGUCGCCGCAUGCAUACAAGAAGCGAACCGUAUCUACACAUUAUGGUGCGCCAACAAUCCUGGCUUUGCGGAAUACGGCAGAGUCCACCUGAUCGCCCACUCCCUUGGCUCAGUGAUGGCCAUCGACAUCCUCAGCAACCAGCCCAGCAAAGUCGACUCCAGCUCGAUUGACCCAGCGUCGCCUACAGAAGACCUCCCCAAAGACCACUUCAUCUUCAACACGACCGACCUGUUUGUUUGUGGCAGCCCCGCCGCUCUCUUCCUCCUCAUGAAAAGCGCAACCCUCCUUCCCCGUCGCGAUAAAGAGAAGCCUGGCGCAGACUCGUACGCCACCCCUGGCGUCGCCGGCGAGCAAGGCACAUAUGGCUGCCUAGCCGUCGACAACAUCUACAAUAUCAUCAACCCAUACGACCCCGUCGCCAUGCGCAUCAACGCCACCGUCGACGUCUCGUAUGCCGAGAUGCUGAAGCCCGCCACCAUACCCUCAGCCUCCUCUUCCUACUUCUCCUUCGCCAACCCCUUUCGCCGUGCCGACUCAUCCACCCAUCUCAACAAGCCCGCCACCAUCCGCCUACCCAGCAACGUUGAGCUCGAAACGCACAACUUCACGCGCGAAGAAGUCGCAGAGAAACGCGCGUAUCUGCUCAACGACAACGGCCAGAUCGACUACUUCAUGAAGUACGGCGGCGGCGCGCUGGAAAUUCAGUACCUCACCAUGCUGGGCGCGCACAGCAGCUACUGGCUCAGCAAAGACUUUGUCCGCAUGAUUGUGCUCGAGGUGGGCAGGGAGAGCGGGAGAGAGGGCACGAUUGAGCGGAUGCGCGCUGUCAAGAAGAAGAUGAACGUCGGUGGUGCGUAG